AUCGCCGGCUGACUGACCUUUCGUCUAAUUGGAAAACAAAGUCCACCUCCUUAUCUCUUGCCUACUUGCUUUACAUGACUCUGUCUAAGAGCUUCAGCAAAGUUGUGCCCCUGCCCAGCUUUGCUACAUUCUGCAGUUGUACUCUGAUCGGCAGCUUGUCAAUUUACCCGGGCAAGCCUGCCGGAUAAGCCGCGUCCUGUAUUUUUGUGGAAUUGUCUCUUCAGGUUGGUCAGAUGGCAAGCAUACUAGAUUAUCUUGUUAAAUCAUGUGCCAAGAAGUUGGAAGCUAUCAUUACAGAUGAGGCAGUUCUGAUUCUAGGAGUACAAGAAGACCUCAAACAAAUGCAGCGAACAAUGACCCAGAUACAAUGCUUUCUUGAUGAUGCCGAACAAAGGGGAACACGAGAGUCAGCAGUUAAUAACUGGCUUGGUGAGCUGAGAGGUGAUAUGUAUUAUGCCGACGAUAUUGUCGACUUAGCGAGAUCUGAAGGUGGGAAGCUUCUACUAGAACGGGAUCCUUCAUCAUCAUCAAGAAAGGCAACUAGUACAUGCAGUGGCCUUCCGUUUCUCAAUUGCAUCUCUCCUAUUCAGAAGCGUCACAAGAUUGGUGUUCAAAUCCGGGACUUCAAUGCUCAACUUGACAAGAUUUCAAAGUUGGGUGAAAGAUUUCUCAAGCUUGAAAAUAUGCAGCCUAAACCACAAGCUCUGACUGUGAAGCAUGUAAGAACUAGCCACCUUGUGGAGCCUAAUCUUGUGGGAAAGGAAACUUUACAUGCUUGCAAAAGUUUGGUUGAACUGGUUCUUGCACACAAGGGAAAGAAGCCAUACAAGGUUGGUAUUGUUGGAACAGGAGGGAUUGGGAAGACAACUCUAGCCCAAAAAGUAUAUAAUGACCGAGAAUUAAAAGGAACCUUUAGCAACCAAGCAUGGAUAUGUGUUUCUCAGGAGUACUCUGAAAUAUCUCUUUUGAAGGAAGUUCUGCGGAAUUUUGGGGUACCCCAUGAGCAAGAUGAAACUGUGGGAGAGCUCAGCAGCAAGCUUGCAGUCGCCAUCACAGAUAAAAGUUUCUUCAUUGUGUUGGACGAUGUUUGGCAGCCUGCGGUCUGGACCAAUUUACUGAGAACUCCAUUACAUGCUGCUGCAAGAGGAGUAAUUCUAGUGACCACUCGGCAUGAUACAGUUGCACAUGCAAUUGGCGUAGAAGAUGUACAUCGAGUUGAAUUGAUGUCAGCAGAUAUAGGGUGGGAGCUGCUUUGGAAGAGUAUGAACAUUGAUGAAGAAAGAGAUGUGGAAAACCUUCGGAAUAUAGGGGUAGAAAUUGUCCAUAAAUGUGGUGGACUUCCUCUCGCAAUCAAGGUUACUGCUAGUGUUCUAGCAACUAAAGAGAAAAGUGAGAGGGAAUGGAGAAAGGUUGCAAAAAGAAGUGCUUGGUCUAGGGGUAAUCUCCAAACUUGAACUUAAAGUUUGUUGAGGGAUUGAGUUUGCAGCAGCUGUGGCUGGAUGCACAACAUCUCUACCCUGUUGGCGCCGGGGCUUCAAGAGCAGCACAGGAAACUUAACGGCGAGGACAUGGGUGUCUGCCUACACUACACCUACUCCCUCUGUUAACAAAUAUAAGACGUUCAAACUUUUUUGUGAAUCGGAUGUAUAUAGACACGUUUUAGUGUAUUUGUUCACUCAUGUCAGUCCAUAUGUAAUCCAUAUUGAAAUAUGCAAAACAUCUUAUAUUUGUAAACGGAUGGAGUAGAUGGCAGCGGAGACGCAAGGUACGAGCACUGGUUAGACAUCUAAUCUUCUUAUUUGGUCUGCCAUUCUGCCCUGUUAGAUCGUGCAUCUAGUGCUCUGCUCAGGCUAUGUGUAGUAUUUUCUUACAUAAGUACAAAUUCAUGACCCUCUAAGGUUGAAA